AUGCCAAUACCAGCGCUUGUAGUAGCAACGCUGGCUGCGCUGUCUAUUCAGAAUGUCCAUUCUAUUGUGCACAUACCUUUGACGGCCACACAGCACGAACGUAGUGCUCAGAAUCUUCUUCAGUUCCACACACAGCCAAGCGAGCUUAGGACUAGCAAUAAGACAGCUGCAUUGGAAGUGGAGAACGUUCUUAACAGCCUCAGUAUCGUACAUACUGAGUAUAAUAACGAUCAAAAGAAUUUACGAGUACAGGAUAUUCUGCAUAAUGCACAGGAGUUACAUGCUGCGGGUCAUGUGCCACUGGAAAACUUUAUGGAGUUUCAAUUCUUUGGUCCGAUUGCUAUUGGCACUCCACCACAGGAAAUUCUCGUGUGCUUUGAUACAGGAUCAAGUGAUUUAUGGGUCCCUAGUAAAAAGUGUGAAGCCUGCGCAGGUCUGUACCGAUUUAAUCGUGCGCAAUCAAGCACGUAUCACGAAUCCAAGACACAUCCUGGCUUUGCUGUGCAGUAUGGCAGUGGUAAAGUAAGUGGUCAUUUUGGUGAGGAUGUCGUGCACAUAGCGCAGUUUGAGAUACAGGAUACAACUGUAGGAAUUGUCAAGACGGAAGAGGAAUCUAUGGCCAUGAUGAAGGCGGACGGCUUGCUCGGUCUUGGCUUUGACGGCUUGUCGACAUUUUCACAUCCACCACUGUUUUUUGCUUUAUUGGAACAAUACUCAGAACUGGAUCCAGUCUUUGCUUUCUACUUGAGUCCAAAUCCAAAUACAAACGGGUCGGAAUUACACUUGGGAGGCUACGACGAGGAAUUGUUGGGGGCGCUGAAGGCGUCUUGGCAAAUGACGGAUGUACUACCUCAGUUCGGACAGUGGACAUUUUGGAGAAUUCAUCUUCAUAGUGUUAAUGUGGGGAAGCACCGCAAUGCAUGUUCAGAUGGGUGUGUAGCCUUUGUAGACUCGGGCACGUCACUCAUUGGCAUCCCGGGAACGCUGUACUUGAACUUUUUGUAUGAAGUAGCUACGUUCGCGCAGAAUCAGGGUUGUUACUGCGGAUUUGUGCAGUACGGCUUUCAGUGCUUUUUGUGUGCGGCGGAAGACUUCCCGCCGUUGCGGAUUGGCGUGGGAGGACGUCACUUUUACGUUUUGGAAGGAUCCGAUUACACACUUUGUGUUGGAUUAACGUGCAUCGUGCUAGUGCAGCCGAGUGGACAGGAAAUGUGGGUGCUGGGCGAUGUGUUUAUGAAGAAAUUCUAUUCACUUUAUGACGUCAAGGAGAAAAAAGUGGGCUUUGCGUGUCCGGCCAACUCGGCACUGUGCGGUGUGGACACUCAGGGCAGUAUUGUAAGCACGAAUGGAAAUGAUCUGCCGUCUGCUCAGCAAUCAUCGCCAUUCUUCGAGAACAGCUUCAACAUGUACGAUAUGGACACCCACGCCGUUUUGGUGUUGUUCAUGUCGGGCCUGUCACUCGUUGGCUCGGGCUUCAUUGUGUCUUCUUUUGUGCAGUACCCGAAUCUGCAUAGCUUCCGCUCGUUCUCGCUAUUCUUCUGGCUUUCUUUGUGUACGCUGGGCUACAGCUUGACUCUCUGGAUUGCCGGAGUGUGGCGGGUACACCAAACGCAUAUAAUAUUCUGUGCUUUGCUCAGAAGCAUGCAGCAGUUCUUGGGCACCGCUAUUUUAUUCUUUAGUGCUGCGGUUGGGUUGGAGCUAAUUCGAGCAGCACGUUGGACUCACUCUAGCACUGUAGAGUACAAAAUGGUGUAUCAUGUUGUCACCUGGUGCUAUGCGACGGUCACAGGAACAUUUUCGUUGUUCACGGGAGUAAUUGGUUUCCUGCCGGAUGGAGCUGGUGCAUGCCAAGCAUGUUUUGUGGGCCAUAGCCCCGGUUGGGCUCGCCUCCUCUUGUUUUACUUUCCAGCGACGCUGACAAUUUUGCUUGCUGGAAUUGCAGUGUAUCUUGUGGUCACCGGCUUUUCGGGGCAGUCGCUCCCGCCACAAGCGGAACGUGCACGUCGUAGCAGUGGGCAAUUGCUAUCCAGUUGCGUGGCUACCGUUGCCGCCCUCUUCCUUCCGACUCUAUUUGGCUGGCUGCAAGUGUUUGGUGCAGACUGGGUCACGUCGGGCUUUUGCCUGUAUCUUUCAGAGCUGUGCUUUUACUCGCAAGGUCUGUUAAAUGCACUUUCCUGGGCGUUCAACCCGUCAUAUCGUGUCGCACGAUACCGUGGCAACAACGCCACGGGAGGCGAAGGUGCGCGUCUUAUGGCGCCAAAUUAA